AUGAAAACUGACAGUCUGUUCCAAAAUCAGGGCAUUUUCCAAAUCGACACAAUCGCAGAUCUCACUGGCGCGUUUAGGUAUAAUACUCUCUCAGCUGGUGCGUCAGCUGCACGACGGUAUGAUGGCGCGAGUCACGGACAACGGAGCUGUCUCAGAGGCAUUCGCAGUGACCAACAGACUGAAGUGGGGAUGCGUGCUGGCACCAACCCUCUUCAGUCUUAUGCUCUAUGCCAUGCUGAUGGACGCCUACGUGAUGAGCACCCCGGGAUCCGCAUCGCCUACAGGACGGACGGUCACCUCCUGAAUCAACGGCGGAUGCACUUCCAAUCGCGCGUAUCCACAACCACCGUUCACGAACUUCUCUUCGCCGACGACUGCGCCGUGAACACCACCUCGGAAGAGGACAUGCAAAGGAGCAUGGACUUCUUCUCCGCCGCCUGCGAGAACUUCGGUCUGACCAUCAACACGCUGAAGACGGUUGUCAUGCACCAACCGCCACCCAACACAAUUCACAAUGCGUCACAAAUCAGCGUUAACGGAACCCAACUGCAAGUGGUGGACAACUUUACGGAUCUAGGCAGCACCCUUUCCCGCAGCACGAAAAUCGGGGAUGAAGUGGUCCGCUGGAUUACCUAGGCCAUUCAAGCCUUCGGCCGCCUCCAAAGCACAGUUUGGAUUCGUCAUGCUCUCCAACUAACCACGAAGCUGAAGAUGCACAAGGCCGUCAUCCUCCCGACGUUGCUGUACGGAGCAGAGACUUGGAUGGUGUACACAAAGCAGGCACGCCGACUCAACCACUUCCACCUCAGUUGCCUCCGCCACAUACUGAGACUGAGCUGGAACGGACUGGGAUAGUCAGCAUUUACACCAUGCAGAGACAAAUGCAGCUGCGCUGGAGCGGCCACCUGGCGCGCAUGGACGACGAGCGACCACCCAAACGACUCUUCUACGGAGACAUCGUCACGGCGGGUUCUCGCCGCCAAGGAGGCCAAAUCUGUCGAUACAAGAAUACUCUAAAGUCCUGCCUGAAGCGUCUGCAAAUCAAUCCGGCCAACUGGGGAGACCUCGCCCGAGACUGA